AUACAUAUAAUUUUUUUUAAUAUGAGUGCCUGAACUUAUGACUAUAUCACAUUACCCAGGUGAUUGAAGAAAAAACUGGAGACAAUUGUGUUUGCCAGAAAAAAUAUUUUUAUUCCAACUUUUUAAGGAUAUUUAAAAUAUUUAAAUGAGCUUUUCGAUUUCUAAAACUGGACAUAGGAACAAAAGGAUACAUUUUCCUGGACUUUGUCCAUUGAUUUACCAGAAUUUCUAGAUUAUAGAUAAGAUAGAACGUUGCAUUAUUAGAGGGAGGAGGGAGAGAAGAGUGAAGAAUGAGGGGUGGGGAUUUCCUCUUGCUAAUUACCUUUAUGGAUACACAAGUGUGGCAUUUAUUCACCUUCUUUCUCCUGUAGUAGUUCCAGGUAUGAUGCCAGACUCUUGCUCUAGCUAGCAUAAAUGCUUAGUGACAGCUGGAGUGCCCAGCCUAUACUAAAUUUCCCUUAGAUCAACAACCUAAGGGAUGUUGGAGGCUAUGAGAGUAUCUGCCAACAAGAAGAAACUAAAGAAGAAAAAUAUCUCUGUGGCUGGUUUGGAAUAAGAUUUGAUGUACUGAGAGUCUGAUCAUCAUUUGUGCUUUGAAAUAUAUUUCUAUCUUCUUAGAACUUAGUUUUCUGCCCACAGACUUCAGUUUUCCAUAAUGAUUGUUAAGAAAUUAUUUUUCUGCCAAAAACAGUAUCUGUGGGCUUUUGGAUGUCUUAUGCUCUUGCUCACAGCUAUUUUGAAACUGUCUGACAACUGGGAAUGUGACUUCAGUGACUUGGGGAUGGAGUCUCUGGACCUCUGGAAGAAAACCUGCAAGGAUAAACUUUAUCAAUCCCUGAAAUUGCCACCCAAGAACUCCAUCAACUGCUCUCUGAUCACCAGAGGGAACCCUGAUGCUUUGGCCCAGGCAGCCUUGUCCAAGUUGGAGACCAAGUUUAGAAGGCAGCCUCUGAAUGAAACUCAUUAUCUCAACUUGACGCGUGACUGUGCUCACUUCAGGACCAGUCAGAGGUUCAUUCAAUCCCCCUUGAGCAAGGAGGAGGCUGACUUCCCCAUUGCAUAUUCCAUGGUGAUUCAUGAAAAGAUUGAAAACUUUGAGAGGCUCCUGAGAGCUCUGUAUGCCCCACAGAACAUCUACUGCAUCCACGUGGAUAAGAAGUCUCCAGAAGCCUUCCAGGAGGCAGUCAGAGCCAUUAGUUCAUGUUUUUCAAAUGUCUUUGUGGCCAAAAAUCUGGUCCAAGUGGUGUAUGCAUCCUGGUCCAGAGUACAAGCGGAUCUGAACUGCAUGGAGGAAUUGCUCCAGAGUUCUGUGCCCUGGAAAUACCUUUUGAAUACCUGUGGGACUGAUUUCCCCAUAAAGACCAAUGCCGAGAUGGUGAAGUCUCUCAAGCUGUUGAACGGGAAGAAUAAUAUGGAAUCAGAAAUACCCACUCCCUUCAAAAUAAGACGCUGGAAAUAUCACUAUGAGGUCAAGAAUGAGAUAUACAAGACUGAAACAGAAAAGAAGCCCCCGCCCCAUGGCUUGCCUAUGUUCACAGGGAAUGCCUAUAUUGUGGCUUCCCGAGACUUUGUUCAACACCUCUUUAAAAGCCCAGAUGCUCAAAAGUUCAUAGAAUGGGUGAAGGACACCUAUAGCCCUGAUGAACAUCUCUGGGCCACUCUGCAUAGGAUGCCCUGGAUGCCUGGCUCUGUUUCCUACCAUGAGAAGUACCAUACCUCUGACCUGAAUGCCAUUGCCCGGUUUGUGAAGUGGCAAGGCAUCGAUGGUGAUAUCAGCCAGGGACAUCCCUAUCCCCUCUGCACUGGAAUCUAUCAGCGAGGUGUUUGUGUGUAUGGGGCUGGAGACUUGCACUUUAUGCUCCAAAGUCACCAUCUGCUGGCCAAUAAGUUUGACCCGAAGGUAGAUGACAAUGCACUCCAGUGCCUGGAAGAAUAUCUGCGGUACAAAGCCAUUUAUGGGAAGGAUCUCUGAGGGAGAAAAUGUGGCCACCUAUUGGGCCUCUCAAGGAACUCAAGCAUGUAAGGAAUCCCUUAGCACAGUGUGACAUGGCUGUAGAGAAAUUUAAUCCUGAACUUUUGUGGCACCCCCAAAGAUGAGAGAUUUCUUCUUUCGGAUCAGCGUUUAGAAUCGGUGGUAAGCAGGACUAGAACUAAGAGGUGAUUUCUGCUCUCACAGGUUUGCUGCUUAUAUUAUGUCCUUCUUUAUGAGAGUGGGUGAUAUGGUAAAGAAGUGGGGGGGGGAGCUGAGGAGCAAAGUGUAAGAGAGGGAGACAGGGAGACCUCCACUUAAAUUACUGUUCUCAUCCAACUUGUCUCCAGGACAUGAUAUUCUCAUAGAAAAGAUAUUUCUUGGGGUACCUGACUCACUACUGGACAGGAACCUAGAAUUUGAAUAGCAGUCCAAGUGAGUUAUGGGUUUUGUUCAUUUGGUGUUGUGAAAAGAGCAUUAGAUUGUUGGAAUGCAACAGUCCAGAUUCAAGCCUUGGCUCUAACAUGUAAUAGUUCUGUGUGCAUAAAUGACAUCUCUGAGCCCCACAUACUUGAGCUGUGAAAUGGGGAUAAUAAUCCUGUUAGCACUGCCUACCUCAGAGAAGUGUUGUGAGCCUUUUUUUUUUUUUAAAGCAUAAAAUACAAUGCAAUUAUUAGUCAUUUAAAAAGGUGUAACUUACACUCUUUGUAGGGACAGUCUCCUUUAAGAAAUCAUUCCUUCCUAAGCUCCAGCUUCGGGGAUUCUCAGAAAGGGGAAGAGAAAAUUAGAUCUAAAUCCAAGAUGGGGUAGAUGGAAAGGACUUUUCUCUAUCUUGUUUCUUUGUGACUUUGUCACUUAAGCACUCCUUAAUCUCCUAGGAGAAAUGAUGAAGGAAACAAAGGUAAAACCUGGUUGGGGAAAUUCCCCUUAAAUUAAACUUUGGCCUUUAUGUUGCUAUUUGGAACACUUGAAUUGUGGCUGGCUCUUUCCCGCCAGUCUAGAUGUUGAGGCACUUGGGAAGAAGUAAAAAGGAGAAAGCUCAUUUUGAGGGGAUUGAGGUGGAACUUUUCUAAUGUGUUUACAUAGCCACAUAUGAAUAGAAUAAAGGAGAAAGAAGAGUUUAUAACCUGUCUCUUGGGGAAGCUUUGCUGUUUUUCUUAGUCAGAGCAUGAAAUUUUGAGAUCCAAAUUGUCUAGUGAGGUCUUUUAAGUUGUAACUUAUUUUUGAGAGUGAUUGGGAUGUACUCAGUGCUUACUGAAUUGCCUUUCUCCUGUGGAGACAAUAUGUACAUAUAUUUAUUUUUUAAAGUCCAUUCAGAGAAAUUUUGUUUUCUGAAGUUUCAGAUGAAAUUAAAGAUAUAUUGAGUUCAAAUCCUUCCUUAAGCACUUAUUAACUUUCUUACUGGACAAAUCAUUCAACUUAGUCUAUUUCAGUUUCCUCUUCUGAAAUAGAGGGAAAUAAUAGCUCCUACCUCACAGGGUUGUUGUGGGGAUCAAUUGGGUGAUAUAUGUGAAUCACUUAUUACAUUUUAAAAUAUAAUAUAUAUUAUUGUUAUUACUACUGGUAAUAAGCCAACUUUUGGAGGAUAAUGGUGUAAUAUAAAUUUUAUGCUGUCUUUUGUUUAUGAAUACGUCUUCCAUCCUGUAGCAUCAAUUUUUCUAAAAAAGUUGUAUUUUUAAAUAUAUUGAAUAAUCACAUUUAUAAUGAUUAAUAGCAUAUUUGUGGAGGUAUUCUUAUGUUCACUUUAAAAUUAUUUUCCAUUGGUAGUGAUUCCUAAUCUUUUAGCUUUAAGUUUCUCUAUGUUCCCAUUCAUAUAUUCCCCUCUUGAAAAUAAUUAUGUAAUGAAUUCUUUUGUAAUAUGUAUCGUUGCAUUAAUGUUCCCUCUUCUUUCCCUCCCCCAAACCAAUUUAUCUGUUUGUGGUAUAGGGAAGAAGGGAGAGCUGGUGGUGUAUCAGGAAGACCUGAUUUGAAGUUCAGUUUUUGACACCUACAAACUGUGUGGCCUGAUUAAGCCCUAAUUUCUCUGGGUCCCUAGUAGUUCUCUACAAAUUGCAGUCUGAAUUAGAGAGAGGAAGUUGCUGAGACUUCCCUGUAUCAGUGAAAUCAAAAGCCCAGUUAAAAAAACAACAAUAAUGAAUAAAAAUUUACAAUGGGUAUUCUAAGCUGUGGUCCACUGGGGCAUAGAUGACACUUCUCUUUAUUUUUUUUUUCUAUUUUUUUAUUAAAGCUUUUUAUUUUCAAAACAUAUGGAUGGAUAAUUUUUAACUUUGACUCCUGUGUAGCCUUGUGUUCCAAAUUUUCCCCUCCUUCCCCCAUGCCCUCCUCUAGAUGGCAAGCAAUCCACUAUAUGUUAUAUAUGUUAAAUCCAACAUAUGUAAAUAUAUUUAUGCAAUUUCCUUGCUGCAUAAGAAAAAUCAGAUCAAAAAGGAAAGAAAAUGAGUAAGAAAACAAAAUGCAAGAAACAAAAAGAGUGAGAAUGCUAUGUUGUGGUCCACACUCAGUUCCCUCAGUCCCCUCUUUGGGUAUAGAUAGCUCUCUUCAUCACAAGAUUAUUGGAACUGGCCUCCAUCAUCUCAUUGUUGGAAAGAGUCAUGUCUAUCAGAAUUGAUCAUAGCAUAAUUUUGUUGUUGUUGUGUACAGUGAUCUCCUGGUCCUACUCAUUUCACUUAGCAUCAGUUCAUGUAAGUCUCUCUAGGCCUCUCUGAAAUUAUCCUGCUGAUCAUUUCUUACAGAAAAAUAAUAUUCCAUAACAUUCAUAUACCAUAAUUUAUUCAGCCAUUCUCCAAUUGAUGGGCAUCCACUCAAUUUCCAGUUUCUUGCCACUACAAAGAGGGUUGCCACAAACAUUUUGGCACAUACAGGUCCCUUUCCCUCCUUUAAGAUCUCUUUGGGAUAUAAGCCCAGUAGUAACACUGCUGGACCAAAGGGUAUGCACAGUUUGAUAACUUUUUGGGCAUAAUUCCAGAUUGCUCUCCACAAUGGCUGGAUGUAUUCACAAUUCCAUCAAUAAUGCAUGAGCGUCCCAAUUUUCCCAUAUCUCCUCCAACAUCUGUCAUUAAAAGAUGACUCUUCUCCAGCAGAGUAGUCAUGAUCUUCAACAAGGACACGGACUCCCAUAUGUCAUAUUACCAGACCUAAAGUCAGAAAGACCUGAGUGGAAUCCCAUUUCUGACAUUUGAUAGUCAUGUGACCCUGAAGAAGAAAUUUAAUCUCUCAGUCUCAAUUUCAUCACCUGUAAAGUGGAAAUUAAAAUAAUAGCACUUAUUUCAUAGGAUGGUUAGGAAGACUAAUACAUAUAUUAAUAUAAAAGUGAGUUGUUAUUUUUUGUACAAUAAUGGGUUGCAUUAUUGUGGAAUACUUCAAGGAUAAAGGUCUAGAUUUGAUGCUGUCUGAGUACAAAUUGCUACAUAGCUGUGAAAAUGUUGACAUGAAAUUAGCUAGACUUGCUCUAAUCAUUUGCAUUUUCAUAUUUUCAAUUUUAAAAAUAGGAGAAAACAUCAAAAUAUUACUUGGAGUCAAGGAUCCACAAAUUUUCAAUGAGACCAAGCCAAGAAAAUGUAAAAUGGAAAUGCCCAUUUUCAUACAAUUGUUCAGUCUACCUCUAUAACCUCUCUUCUGUCUAUUCACAUAAUCCCCAUCCCAGUUUACUCCAUCUUCAAUUCUUGCUGGUCUCUUAUUUGAGUCUCGUAAUUGAUAUCCCUGCUUCUCCAUUCUCUCCAAUCUAUUCUCCAUAUAACUGUCAAAAUAACUUUUUGGCUACUUCACUCCUCUGCCCCCCCAAUUUCAGUGACUCCCUAUUAUUUCCAAAACAAAAUGCAAAUUCCUGAGCCUACCUUUUAAAACUCUUCAAAAAUUUUUCCAACCUACCUUUCCGUAUUCAUUUUUUAUUACUUCUUGCAACUCAGCAUUACAGCUAAACUCAACUAAAAAAGUUUUGUUUUUCACCUUUGUGUAUUUGCUAUCCCAUAGUAGACUUCCUUCUCAUAUUUCAAGAAUCUGUCUUCAACUCCAGAGCUAACUGACCCACCUCCCUUCCUUUUACUCAUACACAAACAUCCCACUUGCUUGUGUCUGUUUCCUUUUCAAAUUUCCAGAUAGAUAUGUAAUGUAUGUUUCAUUUCCUCCAAAAUUAAAAUGCAAGUACCAUGAAGACAUUAUGUCAUUUUUAUCAUUGUAUCCCUAGAAGCUAGUAUAGUACUUUACCUUAUGGAUAUGUUAUCAAUCAAUAAAGAUUUAUUAACCUCUAC